CUGGGCCGGGCGGAAGAAGUCGAGCCCAAGGCAUUUCCGGUUCCGGUGUCAGUUCGAGGCGCCGCCGCCGCCGCCGCCGCCGCCGCCGCCGCCGUCGUCUCCAGAGCCGCGAUGCCUAAAGGAGGGAGAAAGGGAGGCCACAAAGGCCGGGCAAGGCAGUACACGAGCCCUGAGGAGAUCGAUGCCCAGCUCCAGGCUGAAGAGCAGAAGGCCAGGGAAGAAGAGGAGCAAGAAGAAGGUGGAGAUGGGGCUUCAGGUGACCCCAAAAAGGAGAAGAAGUCUCUAGACUCGGAUGAGAGUGAGGAUGAAGACGAUGAUUACCAGCAAAAGCGCAAAGGUGUGGAGGGGCUCAUUGACAUCGAGAACCCCAACCGAGUGGCACAGACAACCAAAAAGGUCACACAGCUGGAUCUGGAUGGGCCAAAGGAGCUGUCAAGGAGAGAACGAGAAGAGAUCGAGAAGCAGAAAGCGAAAGAGCGCUACAUGAAGAUGCAUUUAGCAGGGAAGACAGAGCAGGCCAAGGCUGACCUCGCCCGGCUGGCCAUCAUCCGAAAGCAGCGGGAGGAGGCGGCAAGGAAGAAAGAGGAAGAGAGGAAAGCAAAAGAUGACGCGACUUUGUCAGGAAAACGAAUGCAGUCGCUCUCCCUAAAUAAGUAAGCUGGCCUGCGGGAAGAGAUGCCAGGGAACCGGGCCACACCGCCAGGACCUCUGCCGCGUCUCACCCACCCUGUGCCCUGGCGCCGUUGCAGCAGCCCCUCACGGCCAGGAGCCCCCAUGGCCUGGGGUCGCCUCUUCAUCUUGGCACAGAAAUUGUUUGGGGGGAGGUGGGGUGGGCUGGGGGGAGGGGCAGCUGCUAUCUUUGCCACAGAAAGAUGCAGGACAGCAUUUCCUGUGUAACCAUUUGAGUGUUUUUGCUGUUUUUAGAAUUCAGAGCCUGGCUGGGGGUGGGAGGAGGGUCAGAAGAGUUUCCAUUUGUCUAGUAGAUUGCACAGUAGCAGCGUGGCCCCGGGGCAGCUGAGUGCAGUUUCCAGCAUCCGGCCCAUUGAUACCCUGGGUGCUCACUCGGGGCUGUGGCCCCGGGGCCUGCAUGUCCGGGUCCCUGGGGUCCUGGCUUGCCCCUGGCCUCUACCAUGCCCUCCCCCGCUGUUCCAUCUGGCCAGGGCUUAUGCCCGUUUUUACCCACCAUUGAUGUUUCAAGAAGCCUCUGGUUACUGUGCAGCACCCAGGCAGAACAUACGCCACACAUUCAACUUGUAUAUUUGUCAGAUUAAACUUGACAUUAUGGUAAUCCUUGUUUUGCCAUCAUCUUUUGGAUGCCGUAAGUGAGCCAUGUUUACCCCUGGUGCCACUUGCAGGCAGUUGCAGUGAGGCUCAGGGCACAUACCUAGCUGGAGUGGAACUGGCAGGAGGCACAAGCAGGAUGCAGACUCUAGACCCUGGGUUCAGGCUUGGGAGCGAGCACAGGUCCUUGUCCCACACCAAGUGGAGCAGCACAGGCCUUCCUCUCCUUGCCUUCACACGCCCCCUGGUGGUAACAGCCUGAUUCUGUGCCUCCCAAAAGCUGAGGCCUGGCCCUGGCUGCCUGGGGGCAAAUACCUCAUUUAAUCCUUGCCAUUCUGGAUGGCUUGGGCUUUGUGCCAGCAAGGGGCCGGGUGAAAGGGGACCCACAGCACCUGUUCUGUCUCUGCAUGCAUCUGAGGGUGCACUUCACCUCGCGAGCAGCAAUGUCCUUUGUGCAGUCAGCAUGUCUGCUAACAUGAUGGGGUUCCAUGUACAAUGCAGGCAAGGUGCUAUGGUUGUGCGACGUUAGGCAAAAUGAGUGGCAGGAAUUAACUCAGGUUGUGCCCUGGAGUCACUCCACAGCCACCCAGGCUCCAGUAAGGUUCUCUAACAAGAUGAGGACGGUGGUUUGGCAAGGCCCACUGCCGUCACCAGCUCCAAAAAUGUGACAGGUGUCUUGUGACACCUAUGCGAGAAGGUGGAGUGGAUGUGAGUGGCUGACAGGAAGAGGCAAGCUUGGCAAGGUGCCCUGUACCCCAGACAUUUGGGAAAAACCAGAGGCAAAGACUUCCUUGGUGUCUGCUGACCCAGGAGUGAGGCUGAAGUGCAGACGAGUCCCUGGGGGCUGGAAGCUUUCUCCCAUGGCUCUACCAAAGACCUUUCAGCAGGUGCCGUGCAGUGGCUCGGUUUAAUUUUUGUUGUUUUUUUAAACAGUGCUGGGGAUCAAACCCAGGGCUUCAGGCAUCCUAGGCAAGUGCUGUUAUCCCCGAGCCACAUCCCCAGCCCUUGGUUUCUUCUUAAACAUGGGUCUUAACAGCUGAGCCUGGCACACGCCUGGGACCCUCAGGAGGCUGAGACCUGUGUUAGGCCAGCCUCCAUUGCACAGUGAGACCCUGUCUCAAAAGGAUGAAAUUGUUCAAAGAAGGCCUCCUUCCCAAGGUGAGGACACAGAGCCUCACAUCUCUUUGGAUUCCUCCAACUAUCCUCCACUGUUCACCUAGUAGCUCAAGCAACCUAGCUGCGGCUGCCAUCCCAGCUUCCC